ACUGAACUGAAUUGAAUCUGAGGCUAACUUCACUAUCAUUUUCGUUCUGGGCGUUUCCAUACUGACGUCACCAGGCCGCUGUUAGCUGACUGACACGUAACGUUACUGUUUUGUACUGGAAAAACAGGCGAACAAGUCAGAGCAGAGGAGAGGCAGGAGGAUCUAAAUUGGUGCCAUCAUGAACGUGUUUGACCGCAACAUCAACAUUGAUGCUGUCUUCAAGUUGUCCCAGAUAUCUCAUUCCACCCAGGCACACUUGAAGAAUGUCUACUCCAGCCUGUCAGUGUGUAUGAUUUUGGCUGCAGCAGGCUCCUACGUCCAUGUUGUCACACGCCUGUUUCAAGGAGGCAUCCUGUCUGCGCUUGGCUCCCUGGGGUUGAUGUUCUGGUUAGCGAUGACGCCACACAACCCUGAGACUGAGAAGAAGAGACUGGCUAUCCUUGCAGGAUUUGCCUUUCUCACAGGCCUUGGCCUCGGCCCCACAUUGGACUUUGUUAUCGCUGUUAAUCCAAGCAUCAUCGCCACUGCGUUUAUGGGAACCUCAGUGAUUUUCAUCUGCUUCUCUCUGAGUGCCCUCUAUGCCAAACGCAGGAGCUACUUGUUUCUUGGAGGGACACUAAUGUCUGGACUGUCUUUCCUCUUUCUGCUCUCUGUGAUGAACAUCUUCUUUGGAUCUCUGAUGCUGUUCAAGGCACACAUGUACCUGGGUCUGCUCGUCAUGUGUGGAUUUGUCCUGUUUGACACUCAACUCAUCAUUGAGAAAGCAGAGAACGGAGACAAGGACUAUGUUUGGCACUGUGUGGACUUGUUUCUUGACUUCAUCACUAUUUUCAGGAAACUGAUGGUCAUCCUUGCUCUAAACGAUAAGGACAAGAAGAAGGAAAAGAAGUAAAAAAACAUUUCAGAAUGAGAAUUAGAGAAAAACGAGGAAAAAAACAAUCUUUCAGUAAAGGCACAAUUAUCAACGCACUUGGUGCUUUUCACUUUCUGUCUUCAUUUUCUUGACUUAAUUACGUGGUCUUAUAUUAUUGAAAAUUAGUUUGAUUUAUCUUUGAAAUUUAACAUAGAAAGUUUAAUGGAGAACACACUAAAGAUGGUCCCAUCGUGGAAGCUGCAGUGAUAAUAUUUGGCCUGUGGAGGGAAGCGUUGCACCGUUGAAGGCUCUCAGAAGCUGAGCAGCACCUAAUGUGGAUUUCUAAUCUGUUUAGUGCCAUACAUUAAUGACAUGAUAGGGUCCUGUUAGUGGGCCACGCAAGCUAAGACUAGUCAUUGUUUUAUUUCUAGUUAUAUGACUUCAUUUGUUGAUUUGCGUAUUUAUAGAUUUUUUUUCCUCUAUUUUCCUUUAGUGGAGGUUUUGACAGAUUCCUCUUUGUAAAUUUUCGUCAAAUUGUUUUAUUCCUGCACAUUCAGCUGCAAUACCAACAUUUUGAUGCCACAAAGUGGUGAAUCAUUUAAGAACCGUUCAGGGCUGGAUGUGACUGACAACAGCUGGUGCCAUCAGCCUCAUGUCUUUAGUGCGGAUAGCAGGAAAUGAUUCCCAAUAUCAUAAAUACAUUUUCUAAAUAAUGUGACGUUACCCUGCCUUUUGGUAUUGGUAUGUUUUGUUAUUUUGGAAAGUAAACUGUGAAGAAUUUAUUUUGUCGAUGUAAAAUUAAAAGUACUAAUUUGAUAAAUUUGCUCAAAUAAAUGUGUUGUACAUUG